AUGCCAUCGAGUAAAGCGGGUAGUUGGUCAGAGAAGGAGAAGGCGACGUCGUCGGUGGAGCAGGUUGGGACGCCCAGCAGCGGUUCUGUUGUUGAGAUUGCGCUUGAGCAUGUUACGGAGGAGGAGAAAAAGAAGGUGUUGAGGAAGAUGGACUGGCAUCUUUUGCCGUUCAUUUCUUUGCUCUACUUGCUUUCCUUUUUGGAUCGUGCUAAUAUUGGGAACGCGAGGAUUGCUGGGAUGUCGGAAGAUGUGGGAUUAGAUGGUCUCAAGUACAAUGUGGUCGCAGCCGUGUUCUUCGUCCCCUACGCAUUGGCUGAACUUCCCUCGAAUGUCGCUCUCAAGUUGGUCCGCCCUUCCAUCUGGAUCCCUUCAAUCAUGGUUGCAUGGGGCUUGGUUAUGACGUUGAUGUGUCUGUGCCACACCUACGAAGGUCUAAUCAUCGCGCGCGUCUUCCUCGGCUUGACAGAAGCUGGUUUGUUCCCUGGUAUCGCUUUUUAUUUGUCGCUUUGGUAUCGCCGUCAAGAUGUUGCGAGGAGGAUUGCGAUUUUCUUCUCGGCUGCUACUGUUGCUGGUGCUUUCGGAGGUUUGCUUGCCUAUGGUAUCGCUCAUAUGGAUGGAAUUGGUAACCUGCACGGUUGGCAAUGGAUUUUCUGUCUCGAGGGUAUUGUCACCGUCCUCGUCGCUAUCGCCGCAUUCUUCUGUAUGCAUGACUACCCCGAGACUGCCAGCUUCCUGACUCCUAAGGAGCGUUCGAUCAUCAUUGCCAUGCUCAAGGAAGAUAGCCAAGGUCUCUCCAAGGAGUUCAAGAAAGAGUUCUUGUGGCACGCACUCAAGGAUUACAAGACUUAUGUUCAAGUCGGAAUCUACCUCGGCCUCCUGGUCCCAGUCUACUCCAUCUCCCUCUUCACACCCACCAUCGUUCGCGAACUCGGGUAUGCCGCUGCCCACGCUCAACUCCUCACCAUCCCACCUUUCGUCGCCGGCUGCAUUGCCACUAUCGUUGUCGGCGUGUACUCUGACAAACUCAACCUCCGCGGUCCGUUCAUCAUCGGUGGAUGCCUCGUCUCCAUGGUCGGCUACAUCGUGCUCUACACCCAAACACGCCCUGGUGUCUCGUACGUCGGCGCCGUCCUGACUGCGGUCGGAGUGUACCCGUGCAUUGCUGUCGUGCUUGCGUGGGCUGGGUCUGCUGCGGGUGGUGAUGUUGCCAAGGGUGUUGUGCUUGCUACUGUUAUUGGUAUCGGUAACCUUGGAGGUAUCUGCUCGUCGUUCAUCUACCUUCACCCACCCCGCUUCCAUCCCGGACAUGGUACCUGCAUGGGAUUCCUUUCUAUGACGAUCACUCUGAGCGUGUUCGCGAUGUGGAAGUACAACCAGCUGAACAAGCGGAAUGAGAGGAUCUGCCGUGAACAAAAUAUUGACGAGAGUCGACGGGAUGAGUUUAAGGAUGUCGGGAAUGAUAGUCCUCUUUUCAGGUUCACGAUCUAA